AAUCAGUCAAUGAGCGGCACUGCUCGCGGUCGGACGCUCCGUGACGGAGACGUAAAAAAAAGCUUAUUAAAAACUAUUCGAAUUUCUAUACUUAUUUGGGCUAUAAAAAGCUCACGUAUUUUUAAGGCAUAUUUAUAAAUCGCGCGUCGGAUAAAAAGUGCAGUUGAACACGCGGAUAUGUUGAAAUAAAAAAUAAAUUAAAGUACAAAAUAAAGGAACAGAAAUAUUUACUGAAAAUCAGUUUGUCAUAUAAUAGUCGGGCACAUGUCUGGCGAAAAGAGGAGUGGCGCCGCCUCCGCUGGCAACGACAGCCCGAGAAGAAGCAAUGGCCAUGCGAUUGGAACUGCGACUGAGGCUGAGCAUGUGGAGGCAGCCGCUGGUGAAGAUAACUCGCUGGAUGCCAUUUUGGUGCGAAUCGGGCAGUUCGGACGAUUUCAGAUAAUCAAUUAUGUGUUAUUAUGUGUGCCCAUGGUGUUCAAUGCCUUCUUUUCGAUCUCAUAUGUGUUUACCGCCAGCUCAGUGGUGCACAGAUGCAAUAUAACGCAAUGUGACAGUCCGGCCAGUUUGUACGAGGAAUCCUGGCUGAAUUUUACAGUGCCCUAUAAGAACUCCGCUUGGGAUUCGUGUAAUCGUUACGUGAACAUAUCGGAAUCGAAGUCUAGUAGUGUAUUUAGCGAUCCCUCGAGCGAUGUGUGUGCCGCUGAGUAUUUUGGCAAUUCAACCGAAAGCUGCGGCACAGAUUUUAAAUUUCGAGACGAAGAGAAAACCAUAUCGACUGAGUUUGGCAUCUUUUGCAAAGACGAAUGGAAACUGUCCUUGGUGGGCACCAUAAACAACGUGGGCCAGUUUGUGGGCAUACCUUUGGGUGGCUACUUUGCAGAUCGUUAUGGUCGUCGCAACAUGUUGGCAAUUGCGGGAGCUUUGAGCGCUCUCAUGGGCAUUAUACGUUCACUGUCCAGCAAUUAUUAUAUGUUUCUGAGCUUCGAGUUCCUCGACAUGGUUGUGGGCAGCACCCUGUUUCCCACGGCCUUCCUGCUGGCCAUCGAGCUGGUGGGUCCGAAGCGUCGUGUAGCCGCUGCCACCAUUAUCACCAUUUUCUAUGCGAUAGGAGAGGCGUGCCUGGGCAUUUUGGCAUCACAUGUGCAGAACUGGCGCUGGCUACUGCGUUGGCUCUAUGCGCCAGCUAUACUGCAGAUACUAUUUCUCUGGAUUCUGCCCGAGAGCGUGCGCUGGCUGCUCAGCCAGGGCGAGGAGAAGCGAGCGGCUGAAGUGUUGAGGCGUGCGGCCCGAAUCAAUCGGCGACCAUUGCCGGAGGAGCAGGUGGAUGAGCUGCUAGCCAACAAUCGACAAAAACUGCAUCAGGCCAACGAAAGCCCGUAUCCGAUCAGGCAGGCCGCUCGCUUUUUCAUUUGGCGCAUUGCCAACUGUUGCUUCUGCUGGUUCACGCACACGCUGAUUGCCCUGGGACUGAGCUUGAACUCGGUCAAUCUGGGUGGCAGCAAAUAUAACAAUUUCAUGCUAAAUGGCUUUGUGCAAAUUCCCGGCCUACUGCUGCCACUCAUCAUAAUGGAUCGCAUUGGCAGAAGGUACUCGCUAUGCGCCUCCAUGCUGCUCUGCGCCAUUUGUAUGGGCGCCUCGGCUGCUGUCGGUUCAGAUGAUUAUGCUGGUUCCCUGACGUUGUUCCUUAUUGGGAAGUUGGCUAUUACGUGUAGUUUUCAGAUCCUGUACUUUUUUACCUCGGAAAUCUUUCCCACCAAUGUGCGAAAUAGUUUGCUCUCCGUUUGCUCCAUGGUUGGCCGCAUUGGCUCUAUGCUGGCGCCGCAAACCCCAUUGCUGGCCAAAUACUAUGAGCAUGCGCCUUCAAUAUUAUUUGCCACCUUUGCUUUGGUCAGCGGCUUUCUGACGCUUGGUUUUCCCGAGACGGCAGACAAAGUACUGCCCACAACGAUGGAGGAUGCCCGCGACUUGGAUACCGCACGCCAAAUACGCACGGAUGAGAAUGAGGAGGAGCAGGAGGCGCCUAGAAGAUUGUGUUGAUCAAUUUGUACUUUAACGAACUGCACGGUUCGCAUGUUUGCUAGCAAUUUUGCGAUUGCCAAAGAUUUUAUUUUGUCCAAGCCGAAUGCAUUUGUUGUUGAGUUUUAAUACGUUUCUACUGUUCCUAGUAUUAAGUGAAAGUGUCGAUUAUUUUUGUAUAGUAUUUUUUUAUUGAAUAUAAAACUAAAUGUAUAUUAAUUAAAAUUAGCCCGUUCACUCUUUGUGCGAGCAACUAGAAGAAACAAA